GCGGGGCGAGACGGGGCGGGACGGGGCGGGCGGCCGCGGGGCCGUGGCCAGACUAAGGCCAGAGGCGGGACCAGCCGCCGCCGUCUCCGUCUCGGUGUCCCGUCCCCCACAGCGCCAGGCAGCUGCCGCGGGAGAAGCGGAAACUGCCGGGUGCGCCGCGCUGACCGAGAGCGCGCCGAGGAGCAGCGGGGCGGCCUCUGUCCGGCCCAGACCCGCCGAGCGGAGCCCAGCGCCCCCUCCCCCGAAGCCCACAGCCCCGCGCCCCGCCCCGGCCCCGCCCGACCUCGCCGAGCGCCCCCGGACCGGCCCCCGCGGCCCCUACGCUCCCACCUGAACCAGUCGGCGCCCACCUGAGCCCGUAAGCCGGCGCCAUGGCGGAGCAGGAGAGCCUGGAGUUCGGCAAGGCGGACUUCGUGCUGAUGGACACUGUCUCCAUGCCCGAGUUCAUGGCCAACCUACGACUCAGAUUUGAAAAGGGGCGUAUCUACACAUUCAUCGGAGAAGUGGUUGUUUCUGUGAAUCCAUACCGGUUACUGAACAUCUAUGGGAGGGAGACGAUCGAGCAGUACAAGGGACGUGAGCUGUACGAGAGGCCGCCUCAUCUUUUUGCUGUUGCCGAUGCUGCCUACAAGGCCAUGAAGAGGCGAUCAAAAGACACUUGCAUUGUGAUAUCAGGUGAGAGUGGAGCUGGCAAAACAGAAGCCAGUAAAUACAUCAUGCAGUACAUCGCGGCCAUCACCAACCCCAGCCAGAGAGCCGAGAUCGAAAGAGUGAAGAAUAUGUUACUUAAGUCCAACUGUGUCUUGGAAGCUUUUGGAAAUGCCAAAACCAACCGUAAUGACAACUCAAGCAGGUUCGGAAAAUACAUGGAUAUCAACUUUGAUUUCAAGGGGGACCCCAUUGGUGGACAUAUCAAUAACUACUUAUUGGAGAAGUCUCGAGUGAUUGUGCAACAGCCAGGAGAAAGAAGCUUUCAUUCUUUCUAUCAGCUACUCCAGGGGGGUUCAGAACAGAUACUACGCUCUCUACAUCUGCAGAAAUCCCUUUCUGCCUACAACUAUAUCCAUGUAGGAGCUCAAUUAAAGUCUUCUAUCAAUGAUGCUGCAGAAUUCAAAGUCGUAGCUGAUGCCAUGAAAGUAAUUGGCUUCAAACCUGAGGAGAUUCAGACAGUGUAUAAAAUUUUGGCUACUAUUCUUCACUUGGGAAAUUUAAAAUUUGUGGUGGACGGUGACACACCUCUUAUUGAAAAUGGCAAGGUUGUGUCCAUCAUCGCAGAGUUGCUGUCCACCAAGACGGACAUGGUGGAGAAAGCCCUUCUCUACCGGACUGUGGCGACAGGGCGUGACAUCAUCGACAAGCAGCACACGGAACAGGAAGCUAGCUACGGCAGGGACGCCUUCGCUAAGGCAAUAUAUGAGCGCCUCUUUUGUUGGAUCGUGACUCGCAUCAAUGAUAUCAUUGAGGUCAAGAACUAUGACACCACGGUCCAUGGGAAAAACACUGUCAUCGGUGUCUUGGAUAUCUAUGGCUUUGAGAUCUUUGACAACAACAGCUUUGAGCAGUUCUGCAUCAAUUACUGCAAUGAGAAACUGCAGCAACUAUUUAUUCAGCUGGUUCUGAAGCAAGAGCAGGAGGAAUACCAGCGGGAAGGGAUCCCCUGGAAGCACAUUGAUUACUUCAACAAUCAGAUCAUCGUGGACCUUGUGGAGCAGCAGCACAAAGGGAUCAUUGCGAUCCUUGAUGACGCCUGUAUGAACGUCGGCAAGGUCACCGACGAAAUGUUCCUCGAAGCGCUUAACAGUAAAUUGGGCAAACACGGGCAUUUUUCCAGCCGAAAGCUCUGUGCCUCAGACAAAAUACUGGAGUUUGAUCGCGAUUUCCGAAUUCGACAUUAUGCAGGUGAUGUAGUCUAUUCUGUCAUUGGUUUUAUUGACAAAAAUAAAGACACUUUAUUUCAAGAUUUCAAGCGCCUCAUGUAUAACAGUUCAAACCCUGUGCUGAAGAACAUGUGGCCCGAAGGCAAACUGAGCAUUACAGAGGUGACCAAGAGGCCUCUGACCGCCGCCACCUUAUUUAAGAAUUCUAUGAUUGCUUUAGUAGACAACCUUGCAUCAAAGGAACCAUAUUAUGUACGUUGCAUCAAACCCAAUGACAAGAAAUCCCCACAGAUAUUUGAUGAUGAACGCUGCCGGCAUCAAGUCGAGUAUCUUGGACUACUGGAAAACGUGAGGGUGCGACGGGCAGGAUUUGCCUUCCGCCAGACAUACGAGAAAUUUCUUCACAGGUAUAAGAUGAUCUCAGAAUUCACCUGGCCCAACCAUGACCUCCCUUCAGACAAAGAAGCUGUCAAGAAAUUGAUUGAACAAUGUGGUUUUCAGGACGAUGUAGCUUAUGGAAGGACCAAAAUUUUCAUUCGCACACCCCGAACAUUGUUUACCUUGGAAGAGCUCCGGGCCCAGAUGCUCGUAAGGAUUGUCCUCUUUCUGCAAAAGGUGUGGCGGGGCACGCUGGCCCGCAUGCGGUACAAGAGGACCAAGGCAGCUCUGACAAUUAUCAGAUCCUACCGGCACUACAAAGUGAAGUCCUACAUCCGCGAGGUGGCCAGACGCUUCCACGGCGCCAAGGCCAUGAAAGACUACGGGAAGCACGUGAAGUGGCCGACCCCUCCUAAAGUUCUUCGCCGUUUCGAGGAGCUUCUGCAAGCAAUUUUUAAUAGGUGGAGAGCAUCUCAGCUCAUCAAAAGCAUACCUGCGUCAGACCUGCCCCAGGUCAGGGCGAAGGUUGCGGCCAUGGAAAUGUUGAAGGGUCAAAGGGCUGACCUUGGGCUCCAAAGGGCCUGGGAGGGCAACUACCUUGCUUCGAAGCCAGAUACACCUCAGACCUCAGGCACCUUUGUCCCCGUUGCAAAUGAACUGAAACGGAAGGACAAAUACAUGAACGUCCUCUUUUCCUGUCAUGUCCGCAAGGUCAAUCGAUUUAGUAAGGUAGAAGACCGGGCAAUUUUUGUCACUGAUCGUCACCUGUAUAAAAUGGACCCCACCAAGCAGUACAAGGUGAUGAAGACUAUUCCUCUCUACAAUUUGACCGGUCUGAGCGUCUCCAACGGGAAGGACCAGCUGGUCGUGUUCCACACCAAAGACAACAAAGACCUCGUGGUCUGCCUCUUCAGCAAGCAGCCCACCCACGAGAACCGGAUUGGAGAGCUUGUUGGAGUCCUGGUGAAUCAUUUCAAGAGUGAGAAGCGCCACCUGCAAGUCAACGUCACCAACCCCGUGCAGUGCAGCCUCCACGGGAAGAAGUGCACCGUUUCCGUGGAGACGCGGCUCAACCAGCCACAGCCCGACUUCACCAAGAACAGCUCCGGCUUCAUCCUCAGCGUGCCCGGGAACUGACCCUCACCCGGGGCCCACCACUUAGCCUCACGGGUCCUGGUCUAAUUGCUGACCCCUGCUACUGCCCGCUAGAAAUCAGCUCGCAAGGCUCCUGCCCGGGGAGGGGCCCUCGCAGCCUUCUCUCAGGCCCCUCCCCCGAGGUCUUCUUCCUGGCUUUCUGUCCCCAGUCUCCAUCUUCCCCUGUCCCAACCACCCACGGUCCCCAGUCAACAAACCAAAGACCCCAACGACCUGUCCCAGAGCCCUGGGCUGACGUCCAGACCACAUCGCACCUCAGAGGCAACUUGCUGGAGCCUUCCGUGGGUGAAGGCCUCCCCGGAUUGGCCGGGUCACGUCCGUGUGCCUUGACCCAGUGACCAGCUGCUGACCCUGUGGGGGCGGGAGGAGGGUGCCCAGGGCACAGUCUUCCCAACCAAAGACACGCCCCUCCAGGGAAGUGGGUGGAGAUGAGCUGGGAAGGUCGCCCCACUCUCUCCAGGAGCCCAUCCUGCCACUCCUCAUCCCCACGGUGACCACAGCCCCCGUGACCUGGCCCAGGGGGCUUCUCAGCCCCUCAGUGGACCUCGUGUCCCCAGCAGCCAGCCAAAGUCGCCAGGUGAGCAGGUUCACCUGCAGGACCAGCCCCUCAGCCCAGGACCAGCUGCUGGCAGAACCACGGCCCCCGGGCUGCCUCUCUGGGAGGGGGCAGCGGGGCUGCUCCCACGGGCGUCUCCCUGUUGCAGUUUGCAAGGUUGCUGAUCAGAUACAGUGUCCUCCGUGCCCGCCCACAUUCGUGUCGGGAACACUGAUGAGAAUAUGGAGUUGCGGGGGACGUGCGUUUGGAAGUCUCCCCUCCUGACACGCUCCGCACUCGCGUGGAGAGCUACAACCGGGUCAGGAGCACACAGGAACCUUGGGAAGUGGAGAGCGGCCAACAGCAUAUGGGGUCCUGGCACUGCAGGCCAGGCCAGGGUGCCCCCCCCCAACCCCCGCAGCCGGGCACGCAGACUUCACGCCAGCAGAGCAGCGCCGUCUGGCCAGUCUCUGCUCAGCACACGCCUUCAGAUGCCUCCCUGUGACCACCCUCCCCCGCGUGUCUCAGCUGAAGGGGACACGUGAACCUCGGGGCUGCCCCAGCCUCCCCACCAGGAGCCGGGAAAGAAGUGAUUCGGGGCCCCUUGUGUGGCGGAGGGGCUGAGGGGGAGCCCAGCAGGGUGUAAAAGGGACGUGCCGACAAUUUCUUCACGUCCUGCCACACGGGCUGCCCCCGGGUCCCUCUCCCCUCUCUGCACACACUCGUCCUGUCACGCUGACCCCACAAAACACGCCGCGCGCCUGAGUGCAGCCUCCUGUGCCUCGCCCACUGCCUGGCGUGGCCCCCUGGCUGACCCCAGGUGGGCCCAGCGGUAGGGGUCUCGUCUGCACCCCCCGCCCCCUAGGGCUGGCGAACGUGCGUGCUGCAUGCCAUUGGCAGUGAGGAGCCCUGCUGGCACCCCGUCCCGGGAAACCCGCUCGCGCUCAGUGCCGGGUCCGCUGCCCGCACAGCACAGCGGCGCCACCAGCCCGGGUCAGUGACGCUCAUAGUUUUGCCAAGCACCUUGAUACUAGGUAAACCUUCGUAACUGGAACCUUGCCUCUCCACUCUACAUUUCCCCAAAACUUGUUGCUUCAUACUAGACACACGCACAUGUAUGUUUUAGACACCCCAAAAUAGAACAUGCCAAAUGACUGCCUUCCAGGGGCUAGGGAAGAAGAGGAGGAGGAGGGUUUGGGGGUCCUUCCUCCCGCGUUCAACAUUGCCUGUGGUCCCCGGCUGAGGGCGGUAGGGCCACCAGCUGUCACAAGCACGUCUUCAUGACGUCCUAAGGGAAGUCAGGGUGGCAACUGAAGGAGGGUCAGGGACCUGGGGCGGGGCCAGGACGACGCUGCCAGGGUGCCGAGGGGAAAGCAGGACACAGCCUGUGCGCAAUGAAGUGUUUCUCUUGAUUUAAUUAAAUGCAGUUUAUGGUUUGGUGCAUAGAUUCCUAUUUUCCAUUAAAUUAACUAUUUCUAAAGCAUAUUUUGAUUUACCAUCAAGAGCAAUAAAGCAUUAAAUCUUA